GGCCGGCACGCACACACAUUCAUUCUAAGAUGUGAUUUCAAAAAUGGCGGAUUGCCCCUAUGCCCGUUGCAUACAGGAACGCAGACACAUCCGACGGGAGCUGCUGCGAUGGACAAAGAAUAUGGUCUUCGUAGUCGUUGCGGUGGUGUCGCAGGUCUGGAACGGGUAGCGGAGGAGUUGAUGGGCCGUAGGAGAUGGAAGCAAUAUCAGGACACCCUGUACAGCGGUACUCGCAGCAGCGAAUCAUUGACGGCACAGGCCCACCACCGGCUAUACCCGGGGUUCUCGUCGUCCUGCGACCCGGUGCCCGGGAACCUGGAACAAAUUGGGUCGCGCCCGCUUCAUCCCGCGUCCACCUCAUUGCCUGUAACGAUAACGACGACGACGACGACGACGACAGCGGCGGCAACGGCCACGACCACGGCCACGGGCCUGAUCAAGCAGGAGACGCUCCAGAGGCAUCACCACCUGCAGAAUCAUCAUCAUCUCCAACCCUCCGUGCAAGACCACCACCGUCCCUACCAGCAGCAGCAACAGCAGCAGCAGCAACAAAGGCAACAAAGGCAGGAGGAACGUCGUCUGAGGCCGGACGAGAUCAAAGUCGAGGUCGGCGAGGACGAGUUCGCGAACGGCGGCGCGGGAAGGGAGGAAACGAAGGCCGGGGCCGACACCUCGACGGCGGCCACGGUUGCCAGCACGGGUGCCACCACGACUUUGCCCGCAGCGACUACACUAACGGGCACCGGCUCCGCGACGCCGAGCGCCAUCGUCGCGGCGAGCGUUAUCGCGACGUCGAACGCAACGGCGGCGAUGACCACGGGGACCACGACGAUCCCGACCAGGCGGUUGAGGAAGCGUCGUCAGAACGACGGGGAGGGGGCCGACGACAGGGAGGACGAGGAGGAGAACGAGGAAGAGGAGGAUGGGAGGGGGCAGAGCGAGGCGGAGAAACGGUUGAAGCUCGACGAAGACGCCGACAGGGCCGUCAGUCCUCUGAGGAGGGAGAAGGAUCGGGGAUCUCGGGAGUAUCCGACUUCCAACGCCACCGAUACGGAAGGGACCAAGGAACGAACGGAAGAAGUCGCGUUGGAUCGGACACCGGUGACGCAAGGGUUGUUGAGAGUGAAGAAGGAGGAGGAGCUGCAAGAAGCGCCGAGUUGCGGAGGCGGUCCAACGAUAUUGACGACACCCGGUUUGGAUUCGGACGGGAUCAGGUCGGGGUUGCCGUGUCGGGAGGUUGAAGCUGCUAGGAACGUGGUGGCGCCGUUUCUGAUCGGGAGCCGACGCACCAGCCCGCCGCCCGAAGACUGGAAGCCGCUAGACAAGUGUUACUUUUGCCUGGACGGCAAGCUCCCCCACGAUGAUCAACCACCUCUCAGCCCGCAGAGCGACAGUAGCAGCAGCUCGCGAUCGGCCGAAUCACCGAUGUCGGUCCAGGUGGACCCGAUGGCGGCAUCCGUGGUCGCCGCGGCUCUCACCGGUACCUACCCCACCCUACUGCCUCAAUGGUGUCUACCACCAAGGGAGGCGCCUCUCGUUGGGGUGCAGCCUCAUCAGGACAGUGCAACGCCAGCCGACCAACCUCUCGACCUCUCGGCCAAACCCAAAAAUUCUCAGGAUAACAACAUAUCUCUAUUGGAACAACAGAAAAUACCUCUGAGGAUGACAGCAGGUAUCGAUCCCAAGAGUAUCUUUAAUUCCGGUUAUCGGCCGAAACCACGUAUGACCGGGCCGGUGGCGGCCGUGGCGGCGGCGGCCGUGGCGGCGGCGGGGGUCGGUGGUGUCCCCGUGGUGGGUGCCGGGGGUGGCCGGAGGGCCUACACCGAGGAGGAGCUGCAAGCCGCGCUCAGGGAUAUCCAGAGUGGCAAGCUCGGCACACGGAGGGCUGCCGUGAUCUACGGGAUACCGCGUAGCACCCUGCGCAACAAGGUCUACAAGCUUGCGAUGGAGCGCGAAAGGGACGCGUCCCUGUCUAGCACCCACUCACACCCUCACGAGCCCGGCGCCCCAGCCACCACCAUCACCACCAUCACCACCACCACCACCACCACUACUACUACUACUACAACUACAACACCAAAUACGACCCAAAACGCCUCCGCGACCACUCCGCCCCCGCAAGUGGAUGAGGUGGACGACAAAGAACUGUCCGGAGCGGAAGAGGAGAAAGAAGUGGAGAAGGCUCUGUUGAAGCCGCUGUUGUCCUUGGAGGAUCUCGUCAGGUUUUCCACGCUCGAAGGGAGCGGUGGCGACUCCCUGAGAACGUUGUUGCAACGGGGGCAGGAGACGGGGGCCGAGUGGCCGGGGCUUGAACACGCCAACAUCGGCCCUUACAUACAAAAGAUGAUCGCGGCAGCUGCGCCGUUCAAAGGCAUGGAGACCCAAGAUUACCGCAUUCCAGAGGUGAUGAGAAGGCUGAUGAGCGAGGACAAGAGGCUAAGCAAGAGCGUGAACGGGGACCAGUCGCAGCCACCGCAUCAGCAGCUGCAUCACCAUCAAUCGACGCAUUCGACGCAUCCCCAGGCCCAGGCGCAGGCGCAGUCGCAGCAGCAGCAGCAGCAGCAGCAGCAGCAACAGCAGCAGCAGCAGCAGCAGCAACAGCAGCAGAGGGGCCCGAUGACGAACGACGACUUCAAUCCGAACAUCGAGGAGGAGGCGAGCGACAGCGCGCAGGGGAGAGCGAUCCUCAAGAUUCCGUCCUACAAGCCCGCGAGCACGCCCGGAUGCUCGAGCAAGAACGGCGAGCCGACCUCGGCCGCGUUCGCGCAGGGAUUCGCGACCGCGGCCUCGAGCCCUGGCCUCCUGGAACGGGCGAGUCCAGCGUUCUCGGGCACGAGUAGCCCGACCAACUCGUUGGUGGGGAAGACAGUGGCCGUGAACUUUCGCGACGUGAUCGCGAAGAGCAUCAGCGUGAAAUUCCAAGAGGGGCAGACGGUGUCGGGCGGUGGGAUGGGCGGGUGUCAGCCGGGCGGGGUGGUGCAGUCGCAGCAGCCGAUCAUGACGGACCCGAGCCCGUUCAAGAGGGGGCGAUACACGCCGCCGCAGCCGGCCAACGCGCAACAGGGCCAGGCCCAGGCCCAGGUGAAGCCGCAGAGCCAAGAGGCGAACAAACCGAAGCCGGCCACCGGCGGCAAGGGAACCAGGCCGAAGCGGGGCAAGUACAGGAACUACGAUAGGGAUAGCCUGGUCGAGGCUGUGCGCGCCGUUCAAAGGGGCGAGAUGAGCGUGCAUCGCGCGGGCAGCUAUUACGGGGUGCCGCACUCCACCCUCGAGUACAAAGUCAAGGAACGGCAUCUGAUGAGGCCGAGGAAGAGGGACCAGAAGCAAUCGGACGAUAAGGCGAAGGAGACGUCCACCGUGACAGCGGCGGCAGCCGCGACCAACAUACGGCCGGGUACGGCGGACAAGAAGCCGCAGUUGAAGCCGCAGAAGCCUUUCACGUCGCCGGGCGGUAUACCGGGGCCCAACGGAAUCAAGAUGCCAUCGUUCAUGGAGGGGAUGCCUCACUUACCUUUCACGCCGUUCAAUUUUUGGAAUCCGCCGCCGUUCAUGCCGUCGCCGUUCAUGGCAGGGGCGCCCAACGUGCCCACCAUCCUGCCCGAACAGUAUUUCGCCACGAGCAGGAUCCGAGGGCUGCAGGAGCAGCAGAGGAACGCGGCCAUGGUGCAGCAACAGCAGCAGCAGCAACAACAACAGCAGCAGCAGCAGCAGCAGCAUCAAGCGAGGGAGAGGGAAGGGGUCGGCGUGGGCGCGGGCAUCGCGGAAACCUCGGCCGGAACAUCGAAUUCGCGCGGCACGCCGCAGAUGAGCAAAGUGCCGCGGGAAGUCUCGGAGGGCAUCUACGACGGGUCGGGGGCGAACGGCAGUUUCUUGGACAAUUUGAUCAGGUCGAGCCUCGAGACGGGGAUUCCAAGGGACCAGAGGGCGAUGACCGAGGCGAGGAACCAGCAACAGCAACCCAGCUCGCAGCAGCAAAUCCCCGAGUCGAUGAGGAGCAAAGCGUUGAUCGACCAACUGUGCAGAAACUCGAGGAGGACGCCUGUGCCGAGGUUGGCGCAGGACAGUAGCGAGGACGAGAGCUACAGGGGGCCCUCGGCGAGCGGGGGGAGGCCGGUGCCCGAGAGGCCCGAGCGCGUGCCCACCGUCGACCUGAGCCCGUCACCGUCCGACAGGGGUCGAAACGACGACGGCAGCGACCGACUCACGUCGCCGCCCACGCCCCUCUCCAUCUCGAGAGCCGGAAGCAGAGACGAGGACAGCACCCGUGACUCGACUAAGCUCGAUCGCAGCAGCAGGGAACGCGAGGUUCACAACGGUGGACAGGAGGAUCGAGACAGGAAAACUCUCACCUCGGCCCCUCAGCAACCGCAACAACAGCAACAACAACAACAACAACAACAGCAACAGCAACAACUGAAUCAUUACCCGGACUUACACAAUCUCUACGCCGUACCAACUGACAAAAAAAGUGCCUGUGAUAGUAAGCUUAUAGUAGAUCAUUCGAGCCAGAAGACUCAACAGCAACAACAGCCGCCGCAACAGCAGCAGCAGCAGCAACAACAACAACAACAGCAGCAGCAGCAGCAAUCGCAACAACCGCAGCAGCAGCAGCAGCAGCAACCACAACCACAACCACAGCAACAACAGCAACAACAACAACAACAACAACAAGCACAGCAACAACCACAGCAGCAACAGAAGGAGUACGGUGCAGUGAGCGGACUGGUCGUGCAACUGCAACGGGGCUACAAUAGCGGGAACAACAGGUCCGGUGAGCAGGCGAACAGCCAACAACAAUCGGCGGAGCAACACGGAGCCGUAAUCAGUAUGGAAGACUCCGUGGAGCAGUAGGAAAAGAAAAGUCGGUAUCGUUGACCAAUAUAAGUAUAAAAGUUACGAUAUAUGAUAAAUACGGCGAAACACGAUCCGUGCGCGUAUACGUAGACGCGUACGGGGGGGUUUAAGUAACGCGCCCGGGUGAUUCCCGCCCGAACCGUUCCGCGGGUAUUCGACGCACCGCGUCGCCACGGUCCGGAGGAUUCUCGGCCUCCACUUUCCCUUUCUCCCUCGGCCUCGCGCUUGGCAGCGUUGCCGCCCCCUCUCGGUGUCUCCGUCGGCCAACCGGCGAUCGGAAACACGACCGGAAAUCGUGCACUCGUGACUUUGUCGCGCCUCGGCUAUGAAAGCGAGCGCGACCAACCACCGUUUCCGAGGAGAAGGCCCCGAGGUGAAAGCCGAGCACCUCCCUCCCCCGUAGGUGAUGCGCGUGUGUGCGUGGUGCGCGUGCACAGGACGAGCGCAAACGUUUCGAAUACGCGAACACGCUUUUUACCACCCACCAGCCCCCUCGGAAGCCCCUCACCCUGCCCUUUCCACCCGGAAGUCACCCGGAAGUCGAGAACCGCCCGCGUCGAGGCGAGCGGUUCCGUAUUGUAUUGUUCUAUGGGAGAUUGAAGGAAACGGAGGGAAAAAAGGGGGGAGAAAAGGGGGGAAGAAAAGAAGAAGAAGAAGAAGAGGAAGAAGAGGAGGAAGAAAAGGAGAAACGAGUAAGUGUAGUAAGCGAAAAAUACCCCGACCAUCCGCGAACCCAUUGCGAUUCCAUCGGUUUUACACGAGUAUCCGGCCUCCUCGAUCUCCUGUCCAGCUGACGGUAGGUCGUACCGGAACUGUUUUUUCGACUCUAUGGCGAAUAUUUCGUGGAAAGGCGCAAAAAAGGGAAGAAAAAAAUAAAAACGGAUAUAGCAACACGUACAAUGUUAUUGUACGUGCGUACAUACACGCGUACAUACACACGUACAUACACACAUGCGUACACACACAUAGACACACCAAUUGAUCUCACACAAAUGGCCCCAUAUUCACACAGUGACACGCAGCCAGUAAUGAAAUGUAUACUCGUUCGCUCGAUUAAUAAUUAUCGAACACAAUUUUUUCGACACGUGCACAUGGGACGACUGCUUUCCGACUCACUCGGUCGGGUGAUCCACGUCCAGGAGGAUACGACAUCCUGGCGUGUCGGAGAACAAGAAACGGGGGGAAGUAGUAGUACAGGCGGAGCGGCGUUAAGACAGUCCGCGACAGUUCCGUGAGAGGGGAAAAAAAAAGAGAGAGAGGAAAAAGAAGAAAAAAAAAGGAAAGGAGAUAAGACACGGGAGCGCGCGAUGAAAAAGAAUUCUGCGAGGGUUGUUCAUCCGGCCGAGCAAAUCGCGCGCGAAUCGAACGUACGGUAUGUCGAACGAUGCGACAGACACGGGACUUUUGAAAUAAAAAAAAAAAAAAAAGAAAAGACGGUCGAGGUCGAGAACACGAACAAAUUAUUUAACAAAAUAAUGCCGACGCAACAACAACAACAACAACGUAUUUUUUUCCUUUAUCGAUGUAAAACUACCUAAUGCAAAAAAAAAAACUUAUUACCUACUAACUAACAUUACUUAACUCGUAAGGAGCAACAUAAUUAUAUAAGGAAUGAUAUAUUAUAUAUACAUAUAUAUAUAUAUACAUAUAUUUUUGGUCAUUAACGAACGUAUGCGAAACGAGAACGAGCCAAGACUUUUGUUGGCGCGCGUAUAGAUGACGUUUUUUCACAAGGCGACAAUAUUUCUCUAAUCUCGAUUAUUUCGAGGCUGGCGUUCGGUAGAAACGCGUUUUACCCCCCCAACCCCCCCUCUCAAGCUUUUGGUCGCUCCAAAAAAGAAAGAAAAGAGGAAAAGGGAUGAACGAUAAAGUUGAUCAGAAAGAUUAAGGCGAUCUUCAUCGACGAGGCGUCGUUUAGAAUCGAUUCGAAGACGAGAUCUUGGAAACAAUUUCCAGUCUCCGGAAAGAAAGAAAGAAAGAAAGAAAAAAGAAGGGGGGAGAGGAGAAUUUUCAUCGGCGAAAAUCGUUCUGUUACCGCGAUAUGGACCGAUCGAGGAAUCCACACAUACACACACGUACACACACACACGGAUACAUAAUACGCAAAAAGAAAAAAAGAAAGAAAGAAAGAAAAUGAAAAACGCGUAGAUAAGGAUAUAUAAGGGAUAUUUGGUUAUUUGGAGGGGAAAAUAUCGCUAUACGUGUAUAGGCGCGGGCUUGUUCUUCACUCGGUCGCUCUUUACCGAAGUGCGAAAAAAGAAGGGGAAAAAUAGAAAAGAGGGAAAGGAAAAAUUUUUCUUACGCGCGACAACGCCCACAUUUUGAUACAAAUGCAAAUUUUCUAUCGCGUAGAGGAAGAGAAGCAGCUGUAACAGCGGCGUUCGUAGAAUUUUUUCACUUGCGAAGAAGAAGAAGAAGAGAAAAAGAAAAAGAUAAAAAAAAGAGGGAAACAUCCCACUCUCGUUUUUCUAGAAGGAUCGGUGCUCUUUCCCUUUUUCUUCUGGAUCGAAUCGAUCAAAUAGAAAAAGCGUGGUGGUCGAUUUAGUUAGAAAUACGUAAAUGACGUAAAUCGGGGAGAGGCAAAAAGAAAAAAAGAAAAAAAAAAAAGAAAGGGGGAGCAAACGUUUCGAACGAUAGAGUUUCUUCUCGUCUGAAUUUUUCUACGAAUUCUACGACCUUCGCAUCACGACGAAUGCGAAUUUUUUUCCACCGAUCCUUUCGAUUUUUUAGCAUCGAUUGUAUGAUGAAAUUUAGAGAUGAAAUUUAGAUGGAAUUCGGAGACAACCGUCGAAAUGAUCGACGCCACAUCACCGUCGCUUUUAGGAAGUAUCUAGAAAUUUCAAUUUUUUGAAGAAAUCGAGUGUUUUACUGCAUUAGCGUGCUCGCCGAUGCUCUUUUUUUUUUUUCUUUUUUGAGAAUCGAACGAUUUUUUUAAAAGCUUCUUAUCGAUCGUUUCGACGACAACGACGAAAGAGACGAACGAUGACGAGGACGAGGACACGAUAGAGUUAGCGAGAGAACGAAUAUUAGGGAACGAGUUUAUAGCGUUAAUUUGCAAGGAUCAGUCGCGUGAUAGGUUCGAGUAGAGUAGGGAAUCGUCGCGACUGUUUUUUUUUUUCGGCCGCGGCGAGAGACACGAAACGAGAAGAACGCCAGUCCCUCCUCUUUUCACUAAUUUUUUCACAGAGUAAUCCAUGAGCGUCGUGCGCGCGACUAGGUAUCGAGGUAUCUUCUCGUAUUUCAUAUUAGAAAUUCCGUUCGACAGAGAACCUUGAACUAAUAUUAUAUAGAUAUUGAACACGUUGAAGAAAUGGAGGAAAGGAAAAGAAGAAGAAGAAGAAGAAAAAAAAAGAAAAAUAGUGGUGAUUUCGUCGUUUCGCUAGUUGUAGUAGCCGAGCAGAACGUUUGGACCAAGACGAAAUCGUACGAAAGCAUGACUCGUUUAGCAACACGAACACGCGUUAGGGACGUGUAGGGACGUAUACGCGAGGAAAUUUAGCGUGACGCGUUUCACAACGCGUCGAUAUAAUGUAGAUCGCGGGCCAUGAUUUUCCGUCUUUCUCGCGUAUCGAGGAAGGAGAUCAUUAUUCACAGAAUUCUGAUUCUAAAAGGACGAGGACAGAGGAAACGAAAGGAUAAAUUCACGCACUCAUCUCAUACGACUCUCUUUAAGUAAAGUAACGACUGAAAGACUCUAGGCUGUACAUAAAGUAUAAGGCAUGUAUGUUCGGUGUUUUAAAAAAAAAAAAAAUGCAAAAAUUCCUUACUAACGCAAAAAAAAUUAUUACCUUACGGAAUAAAAAAAAAAAAAGUAAAUCGUGUAAGCAAGGCUAUUCUCUCGGUGUUUUUUGGAACUAAACUUAACAAAAAUUUACCCCCGCCCCCCCUAAACUUAAAGGCAAAAAAAAAACCGUGAAUUAAGGAGUAACUUUGAAGGGAAGAGAAAAAUAAAAAAAAAAAAAGAAUUAAGAGGGGUGAAACGCACCCACGCAGAGAAGCGCGUCGGAAAAUAAAAUAGAAAAAAAAAAAUCAAGUUAUUGAGUGUAAACGUUAAGGUCUCCUUAGGGUUAAAGAAACUGAAAAAGAAAAAACAAAAAAAAUAUAUAUACGAAGCUGAACAGCAGAAAAAAACACAAGCGAAAAGCAAAGCACUAAUCAUGAUUGUGUGUAAACGUAAAAUUAAAACCCCUUCCUUCUAUCCCCGUACUCCAACACCAACACACAACCCUUUUUAAUCACACAGCCAGCCGACUUAUCCGCUUCGCGUCAAAGUGUAAAUUGUUCGGUGUGAUCUUAAUCUACACGAUACCUCGAAAGGAACAAAAAAGAGAGAAAAAAAAAAAAAAAAAAAAAAAAAAAAAAAGAAAAAAAAGGAUAUCUUUUUUUUUUUUUUCUUUUUUCUAAAACAUUUGCCAAGCACUACACCAAAAGAAAGGGAAGAACUAUUUCUCUACACUCGUUUCCCGAUCUAUCGCCUUCUUUUCCUCGCUUCUCUUCCCCUUCGUCUUUAAGGUCGCCCUCCCCUCUCUUUUCCUUCCUUUUCCUCCACCUAUCCCCUUCCCCUCGUCCCACUUGCCUUGCCCCCAACUUUACUUCUGUCCCACCUGCUCCCUCCUAACCCUUACCCAUACUUUAAUCGAAUCCUCUUCACCGUUUCCAACCCCCUGCAAAAUCCAGUUCACUCUGGGACAAAAGAGUACUACUACUACUACUACUACUACUACUACUACUACUACUGCUGCUAUUGCUACUACUACUCUCCCGAUAUAUCCCCUUUAUCGAAAGAUUUAUCGUUAGAUGUGAAAAAUGAAUAUUUAUCGUACGGAUGAUUGUAAAACGUGCGUAAAAAUUAUGAUUGUCGUUAAAAUUAAAAUUUAAACGGUUAUUAAAAAGAGAAAAAAAAAAAAAGAAAAGAAAAAAGUUGUAUACGUCGCGACGUAUAUUUUGCACGCGCGUUCUCUAGCCCAGGAGCCGAUCCGCGUCGUCGUCGAUCCGCUCGUUCCGCGAUUUUUCUUCUCCCUUUUUCUUUUUUUUUUUUUUUUUUGCCACGACUCGAUGAAGGAAACGAGACAUCGAUUCGUUUACCAUCCGCGACGAAAUCGGCGACGGAUCGGUUACGGAUUUCAUCGAUGCCUCGACGCCCUCGAUUCAAAGCUUCCCCAUCGUUCGAUUAAAUAUUCCACGAGAAGGAAUGAAAUUCGACGCGAGACCAACGAUUAAUUGUUCUCCUUUCCUUCCCUCGAGGCACAGUACACGAUCUAACGAUCUAACAAAUGGACGAACGAAUGAGCGAAUAAAAAAAGAAAAAGAAAGUUUUUUUUUUCUUUUUUUCCUUUUUUACUUUCGACGCACGCAACGCACAAUAACGCUCUCGAGAACGCUGGCGUCAUCGCCGAUGCGCGGGCACGCGAUAAUCAAAAAGAAAAGUAACGGCGGUAACGCGUCAUCUUGGAUCGGCCGGCAAAAGAGGGUUCGAGAGAAAUUGAGAAUAGGGGAAAUUUCUGGCUCGACGACGACAGCCACGGCUCCUGCACAAAUUAGACACGCGCGAGAGGUGCGAGCCUCGUUCGUCGACGAACGGGACGAUUGAAUCGCGACAAUUGGGACGAUCGGCGCUAACGGCGUAAUUAACGGGGCUGCCGUAUAAUGAUUUCCCAGUGACACAGUCGCGUCAACGUGUCUGCCACGGCGAUUUCGUUUAACGAGACUGAAUGAAAUUCGUUUUCGUCCUCGGGAAGAUUUUUCUCUCCGAGCAACGAUUGGUAAAAAUACGCCGUUUUUCUAAAAAAAAAAAAGAAAAAAAAAUAAACAAAGAAAAAAAACAAAA